AGUGAAGACACGAGGACAGCUGACCAUGUGCCUGCCCUGAGCAGUCAGGCCCACCAGGCAUCUCUGUUGAAGGCAGUAGGGCCAGGCACUUGUCUGUGGGCCCCCAGCAGUUGGCAGGUUCCCCCAGUGGCGGGGUCUGGGCCUCGGCCCCACCAUGUCAAGCCUCGGCAGUGGCCCCCAGGACGCCGGCGGCAGCAGUACCACCACCACCCAUGGCGGCAGCGGCGGCGGGGGUGGCGGCAGCUCCAAGGCGGGAGUGGCUGACAAGAGUUUGACCGUGGCGGCUGCUGCUGCACCAGCCUCAGUGGCAGACGACGCGCCGCCCCCGGAGCGUCGGAACAAGAGUGGCAUCAUCAGUGAACCCCUGAACAAGAGCCUGCGCCGGUCGCGCCCGCUCUCCCACUACUCCUCCUUCAGUGGGGGCAGUGGGGGAGGCAGCAUGAUGGGUGGAGAGUCCGCCGACAAGGCCGCUGCAGCUGCUGCGGCCGCCGCCUCCCUGUUGGCCAAUGGGCACGACCUGGCGGCGGCCAUGGCGGUGGACAAAAGCAACCCUACCUCAAAGCACAAAAGCGGUGCUGUGGCCAGCCUGCUGAGCAAGGCGGAGCGGGCCACGGAGCUGGCCGCCGAGGGACAGCUGACACUGCAGCAGUUUGCGCAGUCCACGGAGAUGCUGAAGCGCGUGGUGCAGGAGCACCUUCCGCUGAUGAGCGAGGCCGGCGCUGGCCUGCCUGACAUGGAGGCUGUGGCAGGGGCCGAAGCUCUCAACGGCCAGUCCGACUUCCCCUACCUGGGCGCCUUCCCCAUCAACCCGGGCCUCUUCAUCAUGACCCCCGCAGGUGUGUUCCUGGCCGAGAGCGCACUGCACAUGGCCGGCUUGGCCGAGUACCCCAUGCAGGGAGAGCUGGCCUCCGCCAUCAGCUCGGGCAAGAAGAAGCGGAAACGCUGCGGCAUGUGCGCGCCCUGCCGACGGCGCAUCAACUGCGAGCAGUGCAGCAGUUGUAGGAACCGAAAGACUGGCCAUCAGAUUUGCAAAUUCAGAAAAUGCGAGGAACUCAAAAAGAAGCCUUCCGCUGCUCUGGAGAAGGUGACGCUUCCGACGGGGGCCGCCUUCCGGUGGUUUCCGUGACGGCGGCGGGACCCCAAAGCUGCCCUCUCCGUGCAAUGUCAGUGCUCGCGUGCUCUCCGGCAAGGGAUUCAGGCGAAGACAAAACGGACGCACCCGUCUCUAGAACCAAAAAUAUUCUCUCACAGAUUUCAUUCCUGUUUUUAUAUAUAUAUUUUUUGUUGUCGUUCUAACAUCUCCACGUCCCUAGUAUAAAAAAAGAAAAGGAAAAAAAAAAUUAACUGCUUUUUUUUUUCUCUCUCGGAAGAACAGCAGCAACAAAACAGAAAAGAGAAAAGAAAGAAGUAAAGACAAGUCUAUAAAGUACCGAGGCUUCCUGGGCAAAGAAUGGACAAUCAGUUUCCUUCCUGUGUCGAGGUCAAUGUUGUCUGUGCAGGAGAUGCAGUUUUUGUGUAGAGAAUGUAAAUUUUCUGUAACCUUUUGAAAUCUAGUUACUAAUAAGCACUACUGUAAUUUAGCACAGUUUAACUCCACCCUCAUUUAAACUUCCUUUGAUUCUUUCCGACCAUGAAAUAGUGCAUAGUCUGCCUGGGGAAUCCACUCACGUUUAUAAAGAGAAUGUUGAUGGCGCCACGUAGCAUCCCCUCUGUACCCACCCACACCAGGGAGUGAGGUGGGGGGUCAGCAGCCACCCCACCCCCUGGCCAGGGCCUGCCCUGCUGAACCCACAGCCCCCCAGAUGGGGGUCUCCCACCUCAACAGUGAGGGUUUUGGCAAAAAAUGAAGUUUCUGUUGGUUUUCUCCACUCGGAUCUAGGGAGCCUGUGUCUCAAUAGUUCCGAUCCUGGCUACUUGGGGAGACCGAGCCCUCUUCCUUUCUUUUUUCCUGGCCUUGCUGACCGUAACAGAAGACAGGACUCCUUUGCGAGGGUCCCCUCCCACGCCUCCCCGCCAGUGGGGGUGGGUACCCAGAGGGCCCCCUGUCCAUGGCCGGCUUCCUGCUGAUGAACAUGCUGUUUGUAUUGUUUUAGGAAACCAGGCUGUUUUGUGAAUAAAACGAAUGCAUGUUUGUGUCACGA